AAGAAGCAAAAGGCGACCUAUAAAUUGCGCGUUCGCUUCUUCUCUGGUGCGACAGUGGAGCUCGAGACCCCCACCACCAAAUUGCCAAAUCCCAAAUGGCUGCCGUGGGUUCGAGCGUCUCGGUCUUCAAUCCAGCUUUAGCGCUUGUGCAUUUUACUGGCCAUGGACGCCUCUCGAUUACAAGAAGCAACCUGGUUUCAGUUGGCUGUCAAAAUACGUAUGGGGCCAAGAGUGUCACUUAUUUAAAAAGAGAGCUUUCCAGAUUGAAUAGGAGAAGAAUGUUCUCUGGGGUUCCCAGAAGCACUGGUUCAUCAUCGUCAGGAGGGAAUCCAGAUGACUUAAAGCCAUCAGACAAAGAGGAGGUUCCAUUUGGAUACACAAGAAAGGAUGUUUUACUGAUUGGUCUUGGAGUCACCUUAGCAGGCAUUGGUUUAAAAAGUGGACUGGAGUUUGCUGGGGUUGAUCCUUUGCAAGCAGGGAAUGUGGUUCAAUUGUUUAUUGUCCUGGGCCUAACAGUUGGAUGGAUUUCUACAUACAUGUUUAGAGUUGCAAACAAAGAUAUGACUUAUGCUCAGCAGUUAAGAGACUAUGAAAAGAAAGUCAUGGAGAAACGUUUAGAGGGACUUACUGAAGCUGAACUGGAGGCAUUGCUCGAGCAAGUAGAAGAAGAGAAGAGACGCCUGGCAAGUGGUGAGCAAAUUAAUUGAAGUUCUUCCAAAUCCAAAGAUGAUAAUACCAUAGAGCCAGAUGUGAAGAAAGGUCAAAGCAUCUGCAUUCUUAUACAUAUGUUGUCAUCCUCCCACCAAUAUCAACGUGAAACCAUGUGUCAUGAGCUCUUUUAUCUUCAUCUGUUGUAUAGUUUGCAGUUGUUGGAUGGCUAAUUGAAAUAUUUUCAUCCAAUUAGAAAAAUAAAAUCACUUUCUUACUUCUCUUUA